UUGCAGGUUCUUCAGCUCUUCAAAGAGCAGGGUUUGAUUUUGGCUUUGCUUUUGGGACUCUCAGCGUUUUUCUCAAUGGCGGAGACUUCGAUUACCACACUGUGGCCCUGGAAGGUGCGUGAGUUAGCUGAGAAAGAGUCUGAAGAUGGUGUCUUCAAAUUGCUUCGCAAUGAUGUUACUCGGUUCUUAACAACCAUACUUAUUGGAACAACUGUUGUCAAUAUUGGAGCAACUGCUUUAGUUACAGAUGCUGCAACAGCAAUAUUUGGUGAAGCUGGUGUUAGCGCAGCAACUGGAGUAAUGACUGUUGCUAUUUUGCUCCUCACUGAAAUAACUCCCAAAAGUGUCGCUGUUCACAAUCCCACAGAGGUUGCUAGGUUUGUGGUUAGGCCAGUGGCGUGGCUCUCAUUGGUAUUAUAUCCUGUGGGAAGAGUUGUUACAUAUCUAUCAAUGGGGAUGCUAAAAAUACUCGGGUUGAAAGGAAGAAGUGAACCAUAUGUUACUGAGGAGGAGUUAAAACUGAUGCUGCGUGGGGCAGAGUUAAGUGGGGCAAUAGAGGAGGAAGAACAGGAUAUGAUUGAAAAUGUGCUGGAGAUAAAAGAUACGCAUGUUAGAGAGGUGAUGACUCCUCUUGUAGAUGUAGUUGCCAUCGAUGCCAGUGCAACACUAGUUGAUUUUCACGACUUGUGGGUAACUCAUCAAUAUUCAAGGGUGCCUGUUUUUGAGCAGCGUGUUGACAAUAUAGUAGGAAUUGCAUAUGCAAUGGAUCUAUUGGAUUAUGUUCAGAAGGGUGAGCUACUAGAAAGUACUACUGUCGGGGAUAUGGCUCAGAAACCUGCUUACUUUGUGCCUGAUUCAAUGUCUGUCUGGAAUCUUCUUAGGGAGUUUCGCAUCCGAAAGGUUCACAUGGCCGUGGUUCUUAACGAAUAUGGUGGAACUGUAGGGAUAGUAACCCUGGAAGAUGUCGUUGAGGAAAUUGUUGGUGAAAUAUUUGACGAAAAUGAUUCAAAAGAGGAGAUUCAGAAAAAAACUGGCUACAUUGUAAUGCGUGCAGAGGGUAUAUUUGAUGUGGAUGCAAACACAUCUAUUGACCAGCUCUCUGAAGAUCUAAACGUGAAGAUGCCUGAGGGUCAUCAAUAUGAAACAGUAUCAGGGUUUAUAUGUGAGGCAUUUGGAUAUAUCCCAAGGACGGGGGAGAGCAUCAAAGUAGUCCUUGAAAAGGAAAUUGAAGAGGAGAUUGAUGAGUCCAAGUCUGACAACCAGGAUAAAAAAGAUAAAAAAGAUAAAAAAGAAAAGCACCAAAUUUUUAAAGUUGAGAUACUAGCAGGAAAUGCCAGAAAGGUCGGUUCUGUUCGAUUUGAAAGGAUAGAGAAUGAUGCUGCGACAGUGGAGACCAAAGAGGUGACCCGCUUGGUUCCCAAAAUCAUGAAAAGGAAGUGGAGUAAUGAUCACGACUCAGAUGGGACAGAGUAUGACGAGGAUUCAUUUCAAAAGAAACCACAGAAUACAAUAUCUGAUGAACAUGAAGACAAUGUUGAUAAUCUCAGUAUACAUUAGUUGCAUUGCUCGCGAUUCCCUUUUUAACGGAAUCAUAGAAGAGGUAGAGAGCCAGCUUUAAGGGAGAUGGCCUAGGUGGAGUAGCUCAUUUAUUCCCUCACCGCAUGGAGCUUCCAAUUUUGUUAUUAGCCUUGAGCCCCCUCUACUGUCAAAAGUUCUAAACCUAGAUGUGGAUGUAACUCGUCGAUAUGACUGGGGAUGGCUCUUUGAAAAGGCAGAGGUUGUCUGUAUAAUAAUAUGUUCUGAAAUCAUUCAAUUAUCUUCUAAGGCAGGGUUUGCAGGACCUUUUUUCUUUCUUUUUCAGGCAGCCAUGAAAUGAUGAUUGUUUGAGUUGUUUGAGCCAGCCAAGUCAUAAAACAAGUUUGAUUUGCAGUUUGUGGUUUUUAUGGAAUGUAGGGUUUCAAAAUAUCAA